AUGGUAUUCGGUUGCUUCAAGAAAAAAGGCAAAGCUGGUAGUAAAUCUCUAGAUGAACUUAAAAGAGAUAUAGUUAUUGUGAGUUUUGGGGGUAGUACUGUAUCCUGGGAACUUAUUGUUAGAGAGUCGCAUAAUUUGUGUUUUUUUUCAGGACGAUCAUGAAGUUCCUUUGGAAACACUUCUAAAUCGAUAUUCGACUUCAGUGACUGCGGGAAUAACCGAAUCAGAUGCUGCUCAAAGAUUGUCACGUGAUGGUCCAAAUGCUCUCACUCCACCCAAACAAACACCACAAUGGGUCAAACUAUGUGGAAGUGUUUUUGGCGGUUUCAAUUUUCUACUUUGGUGUGCCUCAAUUGCAUCAGGUAUUGGUUAUUAUAUGGAUGUAACAACUUCAGAAGAUGAUGUGCCCAAAGAUAAUUUGUAUAUGGCUGUAAUUUUGGCGACUGUUGUAUCAGUGACUGGAUUGUUUGAUUUCUAUCAAGAUCGAAAAUCGGGAAGUUUGAUGGAUUCGUUUGCAAAUAUGAUACCACCAAAAACAUUGGUUGUGAGAGAUGGACAAACUAAAGAAAUUGAGGUUUGUUUUCGUUAGAUCUUGAAAAUCUUUCAACCAGAUUUCUGUUUGUAGGUCAAAGAAUUGGUUGUUGGUGAUUUGGUUCGUUUUCGUGGUGGAGAUCGUGUUCCAGCAGAUUUGAGAGUUACAUUGGCACGUGGUUUGAAAGUCGACAAUUCAUCGCUGACUGGAGAAUCGGAUCCACAAACUAGAAAUACCAAAUUUACUAGCAAAAAUCCAUUGGAAACCAAGAAUUUGUGCCUUUUCAGGUAAAUAGAAUUACGGUAACCUAGAAGAACAAUUGAGUUAUAGUACUUUUUUGUAUUCCGAAAACUCGAGAUUUUGAGUUACAGUAACCCAGAAACGUUUAUAUUUUUUCAGUACAAGUGUUUUGGAAGGUUCUGGCGAAGGAAUUGUAGUUCUAACCGGUGAUCGAACAGUCGUUGGUCGAAUUGCUGCAUUGACAACUCAAGUUGAUUCCGGACCAACACCACUUGCCAAAGAAAUUUCACAUUUCAUCAAAAUCAUUUCGGUUGUCGCAUUCACUGUUGGUAUUGCAUUUUUUGCAUUGGCACUGGUUUAUGAAUAUCCGAUUAUUAAGGCGAUUGUGUUUUUCAUGGGAAUUGUUGUCGCAAAUGUGCCAGAAGGAAUUGUGCCAACUGUUACUGUAAGCUUCUGAUUCAAAAUUGAAAUUUCGGUUUUCCAAAAAAAAUGUUUCAGGUUGCUCUCACUUUAACGGCCGUCAAAAUGCGUAAAAAGUUUUGCCUUGUCAAAAAAUUGCAAGCAGUCGAAACACUUGGUUCAACUUCAACAAUUUGCUCGGAUAAAACUGGAACUUUGACACAAAAUCGGAUGACAGUAACCCAUCUUUGGUUUGACGGAGAAAUUCGCGAUGCUGAGGUUUUGCCGCCAAAUGAUCAUUUCCGAGGCGAGAAAAAAUAUGGGCAAAAUGAAUCGUAUCAAAAGCUGAUGAGAUGUGCCACACUUUGCAGUCGAUCACAUUUUCGUGUUCCUGAAUAUGAUGUUCCACUUGCAAAAAGAGUUGUGAAUGGAGAUGCUUCGGAAGUUGCGAUUAUGAGAUAUUGUGAAAUGAUUCGAGGUGAUGGACAAGUUGAUGAAUAUCGUAAACAAUUUCCGAAAUUAUCUGAGAUUCCAUUCAAUUCAACUAAUAAGUAUCAAGUUUCUUUGCAUCCGAUGCAAAAUCAAAAUCAGAAUUUGCUUGUGAUGAAAGGAGCACCGGAAAAGAUUUUGAAAAUUUGUUCGACUUAUUAUCAAAAUGGGGAAACGAAGAAUGUGUCGAAGAAGUUUGAAAAAGAAUUUGUGAAGGCUUAUGAAACUUUGGGAUCUUAUGGUGAAAGAGUUCUUGGUUUUUGUGAUUUGGAAUUGAAUCCUAACAAAUAUCCAUUAGGUUUUCAAUUUGAUACGGAAAAUGUCAAUUUUCCUAUUAAAAAUUUGAGAUUCCUUGGACUUAUUGCAAUGAUUGAUCCACCUCGCCCAGGUGUUCCAGAAGCUGUUCGAGUUUGUCAAAAUGCUGGAAUUCGUGUAGUUAUGGUAACUGGAGAUCAUCCAAUCACAGCAAAAGCCAUUGCAACACAAGUUCAUAUUAUUGAAGAAGAUGAAGAUGUUACCCAAAUAAUUGAUCAUGAUCCAAAAUAUAAUACAGCAAAUGAUGAGAUUUAUGGAAAAGGAAGAUUGAGAAAGACGAGUGCAAUUGUUGUUCAUGGUGAACAAUUGGCAACAAUGUCACCAAAAACAUUGAAAACAAUUGUGACAAAUUAUCAACAAAUUGUAUUCGCCAGAACUUCUCCCGCACAAAAAUUGCAAAUUGUUGAAGCUUUUCAAGAGGCUGGAAAUGUUGUUGGUGUAACGGGGGAUGGUGUCAACGAUGCUCCGGCAUUACGAAAAGCUGAUAUUGGAAUUGCGAUGGGUAUUGCUGGAACAGAUGUAUCAAAACAGGCGGCUGAUAUGAUUUUAUUGAAUGAUAAUUUUGCAUCAAUUGUGACUGGAGUUGAAGAAGGAAGAUUGAUUUUUGAUAAUUUGAAAAAAUCGAUUGCCUAUACUUUGACUAGUAACAUUCCUGAAAUCACACCAUUUAUGUCAUAUGUUUUGUUGGGAUUGCCAUUACCAAUGUCGAUUGUUGCUAUUUUGAUGAUUGAUUUGGGAACUGAUUUGGUAAGAUUUUUGAUUGAUACAAAUUUAAUUUUCUAUCUCUAGUGGCCUGCCAUUUCAUUUGCCUAUGAAGUUCCGGAAUCUGACAUUAUGCAACGUGCUCCAAGAAAUCCGAAACACGAUAAUUUGGUAAACAAGAGACUUGUCAUGUUUUCCUAUAUGCAAAUUGGAGCAAUUCAAGCUUGUGCAGGAUUUACCACCUAUUUUGGUGAGUUCUUAUCAUUUUUUAGAACCACCUUAUAAAUAUGAACUUUUUUCAGUUCUUAUGAUGUCGAAUGGUUGGUUCCCGAAGGAUUUAUUAGGAAUAAGUGAACAAUGGGAAAAUAAAUAUAUCGAAGAUUUGGAAGAUAGUUAUGGACAACAAUGGAGUUAUGAGGCGAGAAAAUCACUUGAGUCAAGUUGUUAUGGAACAUUUUUCUUUACAAUUGUUGUCACUCAAUGGGCUGAUUUGUUGGCAUCGAAAACUCGAAAGAAUUCGCUUGUCAUGCAAGGAUUGGAAAAUCAAAGUUUGAAUGGCGCAAUGAUUUUCACUGUCUUCUUAUCAACUUUUGUUCUCAAUACUCCAUACGUCAACACGGUUCUUGGUGUUCAAGCUUUUAGAAUUGAAAUUGCAUUUUUGGCAUUGCCCUAUGCUUUGAUUAUUGUAUUUUAUGACGAGUGGAGAAAGUUUUGUGUGCGAAAAUGGCCGAGUGGAUACGUUUACAAAGAGACUUACUACUGA